AUGACAGUAGAAUUCAACUCUCCUGGUGAUAUGGAAUCCCAAGUCCAAGAUGCGACUAAUGUUAAACGAAAUCGGCCUACAGCUGGUCAAUACAUUACGACCAGGCUGACAACGCUGAAGCCUCCUAUGAACAAGACUCCUAAUCCUCUCAAGUUACUAUUCCUGUUAAACAAACAACAAUGGCUAUUCUUUCUCGUUGGGUUCGCCGGCUGGACUUGGGAUGCCUUUGACUUCUUCACGGUCCCUUUGACAGUCACAGAGAUUGCUCAAUCUUACAACAAGACUAAUGCAGACAUUACUUGGGGUAUCACUCUUGUUCUCAUGUUCAGGUCUAUUGGAGCGGCCAUCUUCGGAGUUGCAGCAGACAGAUACGAAAGAAAAUGGCCCUUCAUUAUCAAUAACGUCCUUUUUGUCGUGUUCGAAAUGGCUACCGGAUUCUGUCAGACGUAUGUUCAAUUCCUAGUGGUCAGAGCACUAUACGGCGUUGUAAUGGGCGGCCUAUAUGGAAAUGCCGCUGCCACUGCUCUGGAAGACUGUCCUCCGGCCGCACGCGGUCUCUUUUCCGUUAUACUCCAGCAAGGUUAUGCGUUUGGAUAUCUCCUCGCGACUGCCUUUUCGAGAGCUUUAGUCGAUACGACUCCUCAUGGCUGGAGGUCGCUAUACUGGUUUGGGGCGGGCCCUCCUGUCCUCAUCAUUAUUCUGAGGUUAUGUCUCCCUGAGACGGAGACCUUUGUGGAACGUAAAAGAAUUCGAGAGCAACAGCCUUCUGCUGCACAAACGUUCAUCAAGGAAGGAGAAAUAGCUGUGAAGCAACACUGGAUACUCUUGAUCUACCUUGUAUUGCUUAUGGCAGGGCUCAACUUUUUAGCACAUGGGACACAAGAUCUAUAUCCGACAUUGUUGAAGAAUCAAUACAAUUUCUCAACUACCACGGUAACUAUUGUGCAAGUCAUUUCCAACGUCGGAGCCAUUAUCGGAGCUGCGUUGCUAUAUCCUUACACAUUUAUCCACACGAAGGCUAUCAUUGCAGCAGCAUUUUUCCAGCAAUUCGCCAUUCAAGGCGCCUGUGGCGUCGUACCAAUUCACUUAAUGGAGCUCUCUCCCGCAGCUCUCCGAACCUUUGUUGUGAGUACCUCGUAUCAGUUGGGCAAUCUUGCUUCGUCUGCUUCAUCAACUAUUGAGGCGACUAUUGGACAAAGGUUUCCUCUGGGUGAGCCUACGAGGUUCAACAGCAAUAUGAGACAUCAGUAUAAUUAUGGUAAAGUGAUUUGCACAUUUGCUGCAUGUGCAUAUGCAUUUCUCUUUAUUAUCGUAUUUAUCGGGCCAGAGAAAUUGGGCAUUGAUCUUUCUCUGCAACAUAAUGCAAACAUCACAGAGGCUAUUCAAGGGAACUUGCAAGAAUUCAACGGUGCAGGGAAUAACACUGAAUUGGAUAAACAGCAUGGAGAACAUAUUGAGUUCUCAAAUACUUAA